UCCUGCCGUGGGCGCUGAGGGGUCGGCCCCCACCCCAGUGCGGGUAUUAAGGCGGGCGUCUCCUAUUUCUUCCCAGUCGCGCGAUGGGUACCAGCUCUGGGCGGGGCGCUGCGGUUGUGACAGGCUCCUCCCCCUAGCUCCUCCCCCCCCCCACCCCCGGGCCUUCCUGCUCUAACUGUGCUUCUGAGGGCCCUUGCGCCUGCUCCCAGCCAUGGUGGCCUGGCACACCGCUUUCCUCGUUUGCCUCGUUUUCUCCUUGGCCACCCUGGUCCAGAGAGGAUAUGGAGACUUCGAUGAUUUUAAUCUGGAGGAUGCACUGAAAGAAACCUCCUCAGUAAAGCAGAGAUGGGACCACUUCAGCACCACAACUAGAAGGCCAGGAACGACCAGAGCCCCAGCAAAUCCAGCAGGAAAUAACUUUGACUUGACUGAUGCAUUAGGUGAUGGAGAUGAUGGCCGCCAGAAACCAGGUACAGGAGGAAGAGAGAGAUGGAACCAUGUCACUACUACCACAACUAGAAGGCCAGGAACAACUAGAGCACCAUCAAAUCCUAUGGAGCCAGAUGGUUUUGACUUGAAUGAUGCCUUGGAUGAUCAAAAUGGUCUAGAUGGCCACAAAAAACCAAAUGCAGGAGGAGGAGGAGGAGGUUUUUCAGACAAGGAUCUUGAGGACAUAAUAGGAGGUGGGGGAUACAAACCUGAUAAGAAUAAAGGUGGUGGCGGUUAUGGCAGCAAUGAUGACCCUGGAUCUGGCAUGUCGACAGAAACUGGAACCAUAGCAGGUGUGGCCAGUGCCCUGGCCAUGGCCCUGAUUGGAGCUGUAUCCAGUUACAUCUCCUACCAGCAAAAGAAGUUUUGCUUCAGCAUUCAGCAUGCAGCAGAAGGGCAAGAAGGCCUCAAUGCAGACUACGUGAAGGGGGAGAACCUGGAAGCUGUUGUAUGUGAGGAACCCCAAGUGACAUACUCAAAACAAGAAACACAGUCUGCGGAGCCACCACCCUCUGAGCCACCCCGGAUCUGAGGCCCCGUUCAGUGGCAGGUGCGCAGGAAGGGUACCACUGUUUGUGACCCAGCUCCAGAUUUCAUUUGCUGACACUUUCUUCAACUUUCUUCCCAUACCACCGGCUUCUUAUUGUACUGAAUUUUCUGGACAAGCCUUAGGUGUUCAUGACUGUAGUUUCUGUGCCCUGUCCUUCAAAGUAUGGUGACUGCUCUGCCCCAGGUCCUCUGAAGAGACUUGGUGCUGAAACUUGAGACCCACCUUGAGCAGAUCACCAGUAUUGGAAGUUGCUGGGUCAUAGAGACAACCUGCUCCAGCCUGCACAUGGGAAAAAUCAGGGAGACCAAGGUGAGGGUAAACAAGAGGAUGGUGGGGACAGUGCCAAAAUCGAGCAUUUCUGCUUAUGCAAUUCCUAGGUACUAUGAGACACUUUACCUCUGUGCCAGAGGGGUUGUUGUGGCACUGACCACUAAGAGCUGUAAGAAGGAUGCUCAGCUAGCAUUUGGUACAUGUAGAGCCCCUGUAAGAAGUCAGCAAGCACCAAGCUGCAACACACACACACACACACACACACACACACACACACACACACACACACACACACACACACACACACCGCCUAAGCAUUUUUUAAAGAUGUACUGUUCUUUCCAACUUCUGGUUUUGCAUUGCUCAACUUCCAGAGAGCUUGUCCAUGUGAGGGCUCUUCGGUUAUUUUAGUGCAAACAUGCAUCUCAUAGUAGUCUCACCUUGCGUUUAGAAAUCUGGAGAACGUGGGAGCUGUGACUUGUAGGCUUGAUUCCCAUCAGGUUCCAUAAGGGUCUCUGACUGACCUGGUAACUUCUGCAUUGGAAACGGAUUUUCUACCAGGUGGGGGUAGGUGCUCUCCCCUACACUUUACAUGAUCUUAUUUGAGUAGCAAGAGCUACAAUCCUGAGAAUGAACAUGGAAACCAGAAGCGUGAUUGCUGCUUUAUUAGAAGCAGGUGGGGAAAGUAGAGGGUGGGGGUAGGGGGGAAAGCUGGCUUAGCUGAGUGGAAUAUCGCUGCUGCCUUUGUAGUUGUGUUGCUAUCCUCCCUGUCUGCUAUGAUGAAGAGGGCUCUGGCUGUGUUCACAGUGCUAAACACAGGAAACCAAGGACUAGGGCUUCACCUGGCCCAGAGAUGCCUGCUACCACCUAGUUUGGGCCAGAGCUGGCUACUUCUUGGACUGUUUCUUUGGCUUUUGGCCCUUGGCUCCAGUGAGCUCUGCAGUGAACCCUGCAGUUGAAAGCUAAGCUAAUGUAACGUGAAGUAAUAGUUGUCAUGUCAAAAGCACUUCAGAAAGCAGAGUGUGUUACUGGGAAGGCAAGAUCCUACUUACAAAACUCACAGCUCCUCUGGACGACACGAUGGCCCCAUAUAUUCCACAGGCUGUGAAUUGGCUCCUUCACAUCUGCUGAGCUGGGAUGAGGCAACACCUAUUUUAAGAAACCACUGAAAUCUUGUGCUGUCUAAUGCAUGCCUUGAGUGUGUGUGUUGUUUAAAGACUACUCAUGGUGGAGGGAUGCUGCUGUGUCAUGUGUCCAGGUAGCCUGAACCCCCCCAUGUGUACCUGUGGGCUAUGAGAUGCCCCUCUUGACUGGCCUUUGGUCCCAGGCAGACUAGGUCUGUAGAUCUGACAGGGGGCUGGAACACUGGGGAAAUGGCACCAAGAUGGAAAAGCCAUGGCCUCAGGAAGCCCCCUUUAUUCUUCAGGAGUUAAUUAGCAAUGGAGGCAUUGCUUGCAAGAUGUGUCAGUUUCCAGAACUUCCUAACUUGUUGGUCAGAUUGCUGUCAACUUUGUCAGGAUUGUGAGUCACUAGCAUCAAGGAAAUCAAGAAAUGGUGCCACCCUCUGGCCAGUGCUGAGCUAGAAGUGACUUAAGGAAGACUUUUAGAAUCUCUGGCUGUUGACAUGUAGCUAAGGCAAUCUCAGGGGGGUUAUGUACUUUACCUUUAUGCUGAGGCCUGUCGGAUGGCAAAACCCUCGAACCCCACAGCCAUGAUGUAAAAUAAAUGCCCUCUUGUGAAACUUUUCUCAAUAGCACUGGUUCCAGUGAAAAAGAGCUCUACUUUGCUCUCCCUUAGCUACCUCGGUGCCUUCUGCAUAAAAGCCCUUCUGCAUAAAACCCAUCACUCAGCCCACAGGCGCUAGCUAAGUGGCUGGACAGGCCUGGGCGGGUCAUCGGCCUCCUGUUCAUAAAGUCUCAUCCCAGGGGCCGGGCUUCUCCUUCCCUCUGGCAUUUUAUUCUUGCUGGGGCAUUGUGGCCUGCAGAAGUCUUGGGACUGGUCUUGUAACUAUGUCCCCCGUGAAGGCUGAGUUGCUCAACUUGGGCUAGUCCCAGGUGAUAGAAGGGAGAAUGCAAAUGAAGCAGAAGAGCCAAUUGCCAAGAUCAGACCUCUUAGUGGGACCUGACAGGAAGAACUUUUAAAAAGCUCAACGUUCUCAAGUGGCUUGAUGUAGGGGGUUGCCCACUCUGGUGUGGGGCAGGCCCAUUGUCGCAGCCACUUGGGUUGUGGUUGGUACCAGUUGUCCAAGGAAGAUGUGCUGGAGACUGCCAGAAUCCCUGUACAUCAUUUUACGUGCUUGUGUCCAAGUGUGAAUUGUAAAUGGUUUACUGUUUGCAUUAAACAAAAAGGAAUCCAA